GCGGCAUCAAGAGCCGAAAUCUCUCCUCCUCCUCCUCCUCCUCCUUCUCCUCCUCUCCACUUCGCCCCUGUGGGCUCCUGCCUGCGCCCGUCUCUGCCUCGAGCUCCCCGUAGGCCGGGCAUCUGGCGGAGCUGGGGCAGAGCACGUGGCACCGUGCGGAGGGCAGAGGCGGGCGGAGGGCAGAGGUGCCGGAGUCCAGAAGCUGGCGAGGCAGGAUCUCAGCCUAGAAACAAGAAACUCAACUCUCCUUUCCCCCUCCGCUGCCUACGGGGCGCCCAUCUUGAUUUUCGGGGAACUCAGGAAAGAGCCCUGAGGGUGACCAGCCUCCCUGCGCGGACAGACAGACACCGCGGGUUCCCUCGGGGGAAACUCAGGACCAGCCCUUCGGACCCAACCCGGGCACCAUGAACAGGGCAGGACACCCGGCUCCGCCCCUGCUCUUGAUUCUGCUGUUGGUCUUCCCCCUCCAUCCCAGAGUCCUGGCAGAUAAGAACAAGGAAAAGAAACUGGUUCUGGGAGAAGUUGGCAAGGAUGUCCAGCUGCCUUGCCAAUCGAUAAAAAAAGAUUCGACUUACAUCUGGAAACAGCCGGACGGGGUCAUGAUCAUACGCGGGGGAGGCCACUUGACGAAAGGCAAAGGACCGACCCAGCUGCAGAGCCGUGUGGACUAUCCCGAAAAAAAUGAUCUGGGCAACUUCCCUCUGACCAUCCGCAGUGUGGAGCUGGCGGACUCCAAGACCUACUUCUGUGAGGUGGAAGGCAGCAAGAAAGAAGUCCAGCUGCUGGUCUUGAAGAUGACCAUCGCUGGCGAUCGCACGCUGCCUACCACCGCGAGUAUUACCUUGCUGGCUGGCAUGAAAAUCAGAGUGACCUUGCACGGGCAGUUAUCUGUAGCCAGUCUGUCUGCGGUGUUGCAAGGACCGAAAGACACGAAACCGACGAUCCAGAAAGUGACCUCUGACCCGCUGGUCACCCAGCCCUUGGGCAUCGAGGAUUCUGGACCUUGGAAAUGUAUUGUGUCCGUUCCCUCCAGGUCCACUGAACCUCUGACCAUGGCUUUCAACAUCCAGGUGCAAGGCUUCCGGAAACCCUCCGAGAUAUUCUACGGAGUGGUCAACGACUCGCUCACACUCACCUUCACCCUCAACUUCAAGCCCUCGGAAAAGAACUGGGAAAUGUUCUGGAACCAGGCGGGACCCUUCAAUCUCUCGACCGCUCUGACCGACCUGAAGGAGCAGCAGAAUCGGGAGGGGAAGUCGGUGAAAACGGGGUUCACAGAGAAGAGCUCGGACCACAGACUCCACUUCCAGGUGAAGAACCUCCAGGCCCAGCACGCCGGCUCGGGCUUCUUCCGCCUGUAUAUCGAGAAACUCAAAUGGAAGCUGGAGCAGAAAGUCGAGCUGGUGGUGAUGGAAGUAUCGUUGAAGCCGGCGCCGGCGCGGAGCCUCCCGGAUCUGAGGUGUGAGCUGCACGGCCCCGAGUUGUCCCAUUCGCUGGAGGUCUGUUGGGUCCUGGGAAACAAGUCGGUGACGUGCCAGAAGCAGUGGAUACAGGUGGAACCUGAGGAGGCCGGCCUCUGGAAGUGCCAGCUCAGAUCCAAUAACGAGGCCCUUCUGCAAAAGAACAUCCGACUGGAGGAGCCCAGUUUGCUGAGCAAACACCUGCUGCUGGGGAGCGGGCUGGGGGUCAGCUCCGGCCUGCUGCUGGCCAUCGGGCUCGUGGUGUUUUGCUCUGCCAGGCGCCGGCACCGACGGCAGCGGGCCGAGAGGGUAUCCCAGAUCAGGAGGCUUCUGAAAGACAACAAAACCUGCCAGUGCCCCCACCGAUUCCAGAAGCAAGGUUUCCCCGUGUGAGCCUCUGGGUCACCCCCUCCCCUUGCUGCCAGCCUUCCGGCCUCUCUCCGUGCCACCCGCCCCGGGGAGCCGAGGCGGGCAGGCCGGAGGCGGGAUGAAUGGAGCCGGGUCAAGCUGACUUCCGCCAACCCCCUGCCCCCGGGUCCUCUGGUACAGGAUAAACUUUCUGCUUCCUGAGCAGCCUGGACCACCCCUCCUGCUUCUCCAUCCCCUUCCCCCCUCCCCGUGGCCUGGGCGUCGGUCGAGACCCCUUCCCCGGGUCCGGCCUCGGGACGCCUGACUGCCCCAGCCCCGACCCACUGGAGGUCAUCUCGUCCAUCCCCUUGCCUUCAGAGCGGACCGCACCACCCGAACAGGCUGAUGGACGCGUCCGGGGAAGGAGGCUCUCCCUCCGGAAGUCUACCUUUGCUCCCACCCGCUGCUCUUUCAGCCCGUUUUCUCUUGUUCUGUCCUCAGUGGAGGAGUGGGGACCACCACCCCCUGGAAAAUUCCCCUUCAGAGGAUUGAAGAUGUGGCCGCCGCUUCUCCUGCGCCUCCCCCUUCCCCGUGCCCCCUUUCCCUAGGGCCCUGAGCCCACGGGAAAACGGUCAAUAAACCUCUCGAGAGAUUGA